AUGACUGCAUUGAAGCGAAUCCACAAAGACUUACAGGAAUUGCGCAGAAAUCCUGUGCCGGGCUGUGCGGCCACACCCGUACCCCCGGGCACCGACAUGUUUCACUGGGAGGCCACCAUUGAGGGCCCGCCCGACACGCCCUACUCGGGCGGCCUAUUUCGACUGUCCAUUGAGUUUCCGCAGGACUUUCCGUUCAGUGCGCCCAGGAUUUGGAUGAAGACCCGUAUAUAUCACCCCAACAUACAGCCCACGGGCCUCAUAUGUCUGGACACCUUAACCAGCCACUGGAGUUCAGCCCUAAACAUAGGACAGGUGCUGCUGUCCAUACAGCAGCUGAUGGCCGACCCCUUCCUGGAUAACCCCUUUUGGACAGAAGCCGCCGGAGUUUAUAUGAGAGACCGACAGAAGUUCAACAAAACGGCCAAACAGUGGACACAGAAAUACGCGAAACCACCCGUCCCUUAA